AUGUUUAGAAGACAUUUCGAGUUCAACCACGGAUGUCACAACAACUACAAGUGACGGAAAUGAAACUGUCGGUACGGUUCGCGAAACAGUACUUGUCAGCAAUCAGAGCUCUCGCGUUUCAGCUGAAAUCUGCACAAUGGAACAGAUUCUCUCCGCGUUUGCAGAUUCGAAUUGCGAAAGUUUGGAAGAGGCCACGUGUCUGUGCGCUUCUCCUGCGACGACUACUCACGAGACUAGCUCUACUUCUCUUUCGAGUACUUCCCUCACAGAAUCUACAGUUCGUACUACCUCCACCAUGUCAACUGAGAUAACUUCUGAAGGCACAUCCACUUUCCAAAACUAUUCGCUCUCCUCUUCAAGUGAAGCCUCAAACAUAACGCUGUUCGACGACGGCGAAGUGGUCAUCUGCGACCUGGAUUGCGUCUUUGAAGAUCUCGGAUUGUCGACGACUCCGACAUCGGAGACCACAGACUGGGAGUCGUUGAUGCCGGACACGACGCCAAUCUUCAAUACGAGCACGAUCAUCGAUGACACCACCACAACCACUUUAAUGUAUUCCGGGGACUGGGAUUACAAUGACACCACCACCACCACUACGACGACAACGACGACGAUGCUGACGACGGAAAUCGAAGCAGAUCAACAAACAUUCAACUUUGUGGACAUAGAACAAACUAUCACUCAUCCAACUGAUUCUACAAUCUUUGCAACUACUACAAGUUCUGAGACGAGCACCUCUGUGUCGUCGUCAACUUCCACGAGAUCUGCUUCCACGACUGCCGCGGCAACUGCGGGAAACAUUGUAGACAUUGAGAACAUCAUUACUCAUCCGACAGCUUCCACUUCGAAGCCUACUACAACGACUUCAGCACAGGAGACGACGACGACGACGACUGCGAAGGGAUUGGAAAUAGUGGAUGUGAGUGCCGUUAUCACUCAUCCAACGGUUGCCACGUCAUCUUCGACCUCAACGUCCACGGCCACGGCCACGUCAUCAUCAACGUCUACAACAUCGGAAAUCGAGACAUCGACAGCGCCUUGGACGGAAGUCGCGAAGGCAGCCGAUUCCGUCACUUCAACGACGACAGAUACUUCCAGCUCUUCUACAGAAUCUUCCACUUACACUUCCUCUUCGUCUACUGCGACCACUGUAACGACUACAAUCGAUCCAGCGUGUGCAAUUCAAUGUCCGGAUGGAUACGUGGCUGGCAACUCGCUCUGCUUCCUUUUCGCCAAUCUCACCGACAUCAAAUCCUAUCAAUCUGCUCUUUCUUACUGUCAAACCGUCGAUUCUCGAAAUCUUAUUUCUCUCGAACAUCUCCGAAAUCUCAACGAUCUGACGGUUUUGAAAGCGCAAAGCGAAUCCACGAAUUGGUACUUUGCCAAUGGCGGCGGCUCGGUGACGGAGAGGUUCGACAAGGAAGCGCAAGUGUUCGAUUUGACGAAGAUGACUGCGUUGACGUCGCCCAUUGCAAACACUGUAGGCCUCUCCGAUUCUACUUCGAACGUCUCCGCCAUCUGUGUGUUGCCACGUAAGGCGCUCUCCUUUCUUAUAGAUUCUCAUCAGUUCUACAGAAUACUGUAACGUCUCCCAGUGCUUCGUCGACGCUUCUCUGACCGUUCUCGGCUUAACGUCCACUCUAAGUUCAUCUGAUGACACUAUUGAAAGCGGAUCAACCACUAGGCAAAUUCACUGAAGUUUAUUAUCUGUUUGUUAUCAUAACCUCUUUUCAGUAUCACUUGCUCCUACACCAAAGCGGUGACUACAGUAACCUGUGGAACCCGAGGCAGCUUGAUACCAAAUCCAACUCAGAUCUCGUGUGAAGGUAAAUAAAUGGAUUACUGUAGUCUUAAGAUUCUUUCAGCUGAAAAUUCCUCGGCAAAGUUGACGAAUACAACGGGUGAGCUGGUGACCAGUUGCUCUUCAUGCUUCAGCAGAGGCACGGCGAGUUGUGAAGAGGUUACCAGCGGGAACACAACUGGAUAUAUGUGUGUGUGCAAGAGCGGAUACACGGUAGACAACCACAGCCACCCUCCCUCAUCUGAUGUCAUUUCCGUUUCAGAUGGCCACUUGCUUCUACACGGGCGACGAAUGCACUUCGAGCACGUGCAACGGCAACGGGGAGUGCACCGAUGUGCUCGGAGAGCUGCAAUGCGCUUGUGAAUGGGGAUACAGCGGUGACACGUGCGAGGUCAACAAAGACCGCACGAACACGACCGACUCUCUGCUCACCCGCAUCGGAAACUCGUUCACCGCCCUCCACUUCAGCGCUUUCCAGUCGUCCAUGUGGUCUGUUCUGACGGUCGUCGUGAAGUCUGUCAUGAAGUUGUAUCUCUCGAACGGGCAAGACGUGGGAUAACCGUGAUGUUCACAAAACGUCAAAAUUUAUGUGUUCCAGGAUCCACAGGAGACUCACCAAGCACUUCGUUCGAUUUUCAUGACGUUCGGCUCAACGUGCGUUUUGUUUUUCCACGAUCCCUACCUGUUCAAACUUCACCU